CGGGGGUUUUUGGCGGGGGGACAGUCAAAACCAGGCCGGGAGACGCCCCCCCGGCCCCCUCUUCUCUCCCCCUUUCCUGCUUUCCUACCUUCCUCGCCUCCUUUUUCACGGCCCCCCCAGCCCGCCCGGUUUUCGCCGCCGCCGCCCCGCCACACACCACCGAUCGGCCCUCCACACCGCCACGCCGCUGCUGCUCUUUUCGCCACACGCUGCUAUCACGCCACCCACCCUUUUCCCUGUACUACCAUCGGCACCACAACUUCCCUCCUCACGAGAUCUUCCACCCAAGCGCUCUCCCUUCUCCCCCUCCCCCGUACUCCUCUUCACUCCCUCCCCCUCCCUAUCUCCUCUCUGCUUUUUAUAUCUCUACCACGACCGCGAGGAGCAAGAGCAGCACUCAAGAAGCACCCGCCUCCUACUUCCACCCAAUCACCUGAGGAUCAUCCCACACCAGCAUAUCAAACAGGACAUUGGGAGUUUAAGGCCCAGGAGCAGAACACCGAGGAAACCUUUUAAGAACUUUCCAGCAAGGGAAAUCAGCCCAAAGGUACUUGAAAUUCUGCAUAUGAUGUAUUAAGAUGUGCCCUUUUUCUGAACUGUACAUAGCACCUUAGGAAUACCUUACAUGCACAAACUGCCAAAAAAAAUAUUUUGUGAAAUACUUGAAAAGUUCCUAAGGAAUACCUAGUACCCACCAAGCACCAGAAAAAUCACCUGAAUUCCAAGGAACAUCAUCAUCCAAGGAUAAUGUAGGUUUUCACAAGUAAUCACACAUUAUGUGCCAGAAAAGAUGUAGUUUAGCAAAUCACAAACAUCACAAGAAUAAGUGGAAACAUCCCCCUACUUUUAUUUAAAGGGAUCCCCUACCCUUUUAAAAGUCGUCUGCCCUCCCCUCCUCUAUCAUCUUGUUUCUCUUCCUCAUCCUUUUCUCCUUUAAACCUUCACUGUGCCAACAAGAAAUUGUGGUGUUGAAACUAGCAGAGGGUGGCACCAGCAAACCACAUCGCUUGCUGCCUCUUCAUGACCAUAAAGACUCAGAGAUGCCAACUGCUGCUGCACAAUUAAGUCUCAUGCACAAGGAGGAAAUGUCUGCCAGUACACAAGAUGAGAACAAAUCACAAAAAGCAAAUGUAAACCAGCAAGAAAAUAUGACCACACUCCCAAGUGGGAAAAGGUCAGUGCAACAAGAGAGACAGACAGAGCAUGCAAGAGGCUCAAGUCCAGAUUCUGCAACUGGAGGUUUCCAGUCCACACUGAAACCUACAGAAACUAGCCCAGUGGGAACAACAACAGCUUCUAUGUUAACCACAGAGCUUCCAAACUUGACUCCAGAAAAUAGCACAACACUUCCGUCUUCCACAAACCCCUCUCUGAGUACAGUGACACCUGCACCACCCUCAUUGUGCCACCAGGAGUGCCUGGCUGCCCUCAAUGCAAUCCACCUCCAUCCUCAUACCAGCCUCACACUGAGACAAGGGUCAGAGCUGACACUGCAGUGUGAAGUCCCACUGGCUCCUCCAGUUGUUAUGGAAAGUGUAGUGUGGCUCUACCAGUCGGAUGACAUUGGCAAGGGACAGUGUGCCCUCACUCCAAAGGAUUUCAUUCCACCAUGCCAGGGCUUCCAGACCAUCUCCCACAUUAAUGACAGAAAUGCCACCUUUAUCAAGGAUACUAUUGGUGUGGGCAACCUGCAAGCAAACUACAGUGGCCAAUACAUGUGUCAGGUGCAAAUAACAUGUUGCCCUCAAAGUGAACAGGAGCAUGUGAUGAACCACGAGCUCAGUUCUCGUGUCACUGUGUGGUUGAGAGACUACACAAUAGACCUUGCCAUCACUGGGUCCCUAGCAGUGGGAUUGGUCCUUCUCCUGACUGCUGGCAGCAUCUAUCUAGCUCGGCAGAACCACGGGGACUAUGUGGCUAUCACGGAUAAAACGCUGGACGUAAAGCCGAUGACAGUUCUUCACAUCCCUCUUGUAGAUGACCAAGACAAUGACAGUUUUGACAGUAAUUUUGAUGAGCAAGAAUAAGUCAUUAAUAUGUAUAUUAUAUAUUUAUAGGAAUGUAUAUCUUUUAGCAGUCAUUAUGUAGUGAAAUAAAGUAUUAAAUGAUCUAA